AUGGCCUUGCGCGGCGGAAAAAUCAUUAGGGGAGCAACAGGAACUUAUGCGUUGCUGCACGCGUUGAAGGCUCCCAGUGUCUACAAAGCCCAAGUGCUGUCGGGUCCUCGUGUUAGCAGCAAAUGGGCUGUGGUGAAAACAGCUGUAGCUGAGCUCGAAACUGUCGCCUUAAAGCGUGAAUACAGCAAUUAUAAGAUCCCCGACGUGGCCUCGAGCCCCUAUAUCCGAACCCUCUACGAUGCUGUUGGCUCCUUUGAAAACUACGGACGCCAGGAUGGUGCUGCUGCGGAGGAUUCUUGUUGUGGAAACUGA